UGAAGUUCACGUAAUUUAAACAAAGUUAAUUUUAUUUGAAACAAAAUGCUUGUGACAUUUCUGUGCAUUAAAGUAUAUACACAUUUGAUGCUAAUAAAAUAUAUUUCUGUUUACUAAAUUUGAAAUUAAACAACGUUUUAUACUAACUUCACUAAGAAUAUUAUUAUGACGUCGAGUGCCCUGUUUUCGGUCGGUAACCUGUUUCCGUUGGAUGCGUCGAUUGCGUUCAUGCAUAUAUUAAACCAUGACAAGUAGACUUCGACCAGAAAUGUUCAUUUUGGGAAAGGGAAGAAUGAGCUGGAGUAUGUGGCAGUAUUUGAGGAGUAGUGUUGGUGGAACCACGAGCAGGCAGGCAGUACGCAUGCUAUUUAGCAAGACUGGAAAAUGGGAUCCAAAAUACACUCCAUCUGUGAUGCAGGAAGUAGAAGGUUACUGGAAACCGAUUAUAAAAGAACAAAAUUUGGAAAGAACAAAGAUUCAAGCAGAAAAAAAAACUGAUGAAAAGCCAAAAUAUUAUGUCCUGUCCAUGUUCCCCUACCCAAGUGGCAAGCUACACAUGGGGCAUGUCCGAGUCUACGCUAUCAGUGACACGAUGGCCAGGUUUCACAGAAUGAUGGGAAAGGAGGUCCUUCACCCAAUGGGAUGGGAUGCUUUUGGACUUCCUGCAGAGAAUGCUGCCAUUGAGCGAGGUAUAAGGCCAGAAGUUUGGACAAAAAGUAACAUUGCAAACAUGAAGAAACAGCUUGAUGAUCUGGGAUGCAGCUUUGAUUGGGACAGAGAAGUUACAACGUGUGACCCAAGCUAUUACAAAUGGACACAGUAUUUAUUUCUGGAGAUGUACAAGGCUGGACUGGUCUACCAAAAGGAGGCGGAGGUGAACUGGGACCCGGUGGACCAGACCGUGCUGGCUGAUGAACAGAUCAGUGAGGACGGGCUGUCUUGGAGGUCAGGAGCGAAGGUGGAGAAGCGAUUCCUGCGUCAGUGGUUCAUCAAAACAACAGCUUAUUCCAAGUCUUUGUUAGAUGGUCUGAAUAAUGUCAGUCCUGAAUUGUGGAGAGAUGUGAUUCAGCUACAGAAAAACUGGAUACGUGAAUGCAAUGGUUCUAGAUUUGAUUUCAAAAUACAGAAUAAUGGGAACUACACGAACGACCCGAUAUCUGUGUUUACACCGAACCCAGAAGCCCUGUAUGGAGUUUCACACAUUGCCUUGUCGCCCACUCACCGAUACAAUGACCCAAAGUUUUACAAGAAUACUGAAAAGUCCAGUGACAUUGUUCUCAGCCUGGAGGCAGUGCAUCCAUUCACAGGACAGAGAAUUCCUCUGGUCGUUUCCUCCAGCACAGAGUUUGAUGAGUUCAACGACACACAUCUCGGUAUUCCAUGUUUGUCAGAAGCAGAUCGCAGUGUGGCCGAGAAACUGGGAUUCCCUUGUGUAGAUGUGAUCACUGAAAACAAAGAUGGUGUAGAAGUUGCGUGCAACUCUGAUGAGUUUUCUGGUUUAAGCAGAUCAGAUGCUUUCACUGCAGUUAUGGCCCAUGCUAAAAAACUGGGAGUUGGCGGACAUCUUGUGAGUUCGCGGUUAAAGGACUGGCUCAUCUCACGACAGAGGUUCUGGGGAACACCAAUCCCAAUGAUACACUGUCCGUCUUGCAAGACUGUUCCUGUACCAACUGAUCACCUUCCUGUCACAUUACCCGAGACGGACAACCAGUCUAGUAGUUCCAGAAUCUCACCUUUAGCUAACAAUGAUGACUGGAUCAAUGUCAAAUGUCCAAAGUGUGGUGGUUCAGCCCGGAGAGAAACAGACACCAUGGAUACGUUUGUUGAUUCAUCCUGGUACUUCCUGCGCUACACUGACCCGCACAACACGGUCGCUCCGUUUGACAGCAAACUUGCUAAAAAAUACAUGCCGGUCGAUUUGUAUAUUGGUGGGAAAGAACAUGCUGUUCUGCACUUGUAUUUUGCUCGGUUCUUCAACCAUUUCCUCCAUGACCGCGACCUAGUUCCUGAGCGGGAACCAUUUGUCAACCUCCUGACCCAAGGCAUGGUGAUGGGUCAAAGCUUCCGGGUCAAGGGAACUGGGAAGUACCUCCGUGCUGAAGAUGUCGAUUUUUCAGGUUCCAAAUCUACCGAGAAGGUCAGUGGGUCCCCUGUUGUCACGGACUGGGAGAAGAUGAGCAAGUCAAAGUACAAUGGAGUGGAUCCUGAAGAUGUUAUAUCAGAGUUUGGUGUUGAUUCAACCAGAUUGUGCAUCUUAUCAGGUGUGGCCCCCAAAACAAACCGAAAGUGGUCAAAUGAAGCUUUCAGAGGAAUACAGAACUGGCAGAACAAAGUGUGGAAGUUGGUGACAGAGUACAUGAACAGUGUCAGUUCUAGGACCAACCGAAACGAAAUGCCGUCGCCAGAACUGGUUGCCGAGUGGAACAGUAAAAUAUCCAACCAGAGAAACCUUUGUGUGCGAGAGGUAUCAUUUCACUUCGGCACGACAUUCCUUCUGAGCGUGGGUAUUUCUCGUAUGCAGUCAUUCACAAGUAGUCUCAAGAAAGUGCCACCUGCAGUGCUCAGCGAGAGUUUAGAGUUUGAGCGAGCUUUAGCCGAUCUGAUUUUAAUGGUGGCCCCCGUAGCUCCACACUUCACCUCAGAAUUGUGGGCAGGUCUUGGUUCUACCGUGAUACACACUAAAGACAUGUACCAGUGGAAUAAAAGUGUUCUUGAACAGACCUGGCCUGUGGUUGACGACAGUUUCAAACUGCCGCUAGUAAUCAUGUCAAAUGGCCAACCAAUGAGUGAAUAUUACCUGCCUUGGCAAAAGCUGAAGGUUUUGACGUUCAAGGAAGCCUGUGAAAUAGCCAAACAAGAUUCCCUUUACCAGAAAUACUGCGCACCUCAUACCAUUCACGAUGUGACUUUUACCAGUGGGACUGGCUACAAUGUUUCUAUAGAUUUCAUCAGCAGUGAAGCGAAGAUGAGAAUCAAAGAAGAUAGUGAAAAUAUGGAAGCCACAAAGCUUGAAGAUGAAACCAAAACAAAAUCGGUGCAUUUGUGAUACAGCUGAAUUAAAAAACAAAAAGAGAGAGAAAAAAGAAAAGAAACAAAUUAAUCAAGUUUGGCCAGUAACUGACUGGACCAUCUGACCCUAUUUUUACUUUGGUAAAACUAACCAUGUUUGGCUGUGAAUAUUUUUAAUGAAUCAUUUUAAAUGCAUUGUCUUUCUUGUUUACAAUAUCAGCGUGCUUCUUGUCAUCUUAAUGUUUAUAGUAACACAAACUGCAUUUUACUUGCCAAUAAUGAUGCAGUUGUGGUAAAUCAGGACGGAACGUCCUGCCCUUAAGUGGAUAUAGUCCCACAGACUGCACUUGUUUUAACCACUACCAAAUAUCUGCUACAUGUUCUCUUUGAAACAUGCCUACAGCAUAUAAUAAAUAGCAGUGAUUUUUAUGCAAAGUCAAGGAUUCUAACUUUGUACAGGGUUGAUACACAUUUCGAAAAGUCUUUGGAAAUUGAUCUUGAAUUGUGGAAAAGUUAUGGAAAUGUAUGUCCAUGCUGUAAAUAAAAACAACUGUUGUAGUUUU